CCUCAAAACACUCCCCCUUUCGAGAAGAUACGCACGAUCUUUUGUCUUUCCAGUGCUGUCUGUCACAAUGAAACGCAAGUUGGACGCCAACGACGUGCCCUCCCCGGAGGGCGCCGAGACCAUCGCCGAGACCCAGACCCAGACCCCCGAGGUCAAAGACGCCGACUUCGAAACCCUCAAUCUGGAUCCGCGAUUGCGCCAAGCCCUGAUCAAAGAGAAGUUCACCAAGCCGACGCUGGUCCAGGCCAAGGCUAUCCCUCUGGCGCUUGCCGGAAAAGACAUUCUUGCCCGGGCAAAGACCGGCUCCGGCAAGACCGCUGCCUACGUCCUCCCUAUCCUCCAGACUAUCCUUCAGAAGAAAGCUGCCGACCCCUCCCUGAAAGCGACGACAGGGCUGAUCCUCGUGCCCACGCGCGAGCUGGCGGAGCAAGUGCAGAAUGUGGUGACGACGUUCGCCGCCUUCUGCGGUAAGGAGAUCCGGUCGGUGAACCUGACGCAGAAGGUGUCGGACGCGGUGCAGCGCACGCUGCUGGCCGACUACCCGGACCUGGUGGUGUCGACGCCGGCGCGCGUGAUUGCCAACCUCGGCAACUCGGCGUUGUCGCUGGAGCACCUGGCGCACCUGGUGAUCGACGAGGCGGACCUGGUGCUGUCGUACGGGUACGACGAGGACAUCAACGUACUGGCCAAGGCGAUCCCGCGCGGGGUGCAGACCUUCCUCAUGAGUGCGACGCUGACCUCGGAAGUGGACACGCUCAAGGGUCUGUUCUGUCGGAAUCCGGUGGUAUUGAAGCUGGAGGAUAAGGAAGAGCAGGGGGCGGGCGUUAGCCAGUUUGUUGUCAGAUGCGCCGAGGACGAGAAGUUCCUCCUCACCUACGUCAUCUUCAAGCUGCAGCUGAUCAAGGGCAAGGUGAUUAUCUUUGUCGGGGAUGUCGACCGCUGCUACCGCGUCAAGCUGUUCCUCGAACAAUUCGGCAUCAAGAGCUGUGUCCUCAACUCCGAGCUGCCCGUCAACUCGCGGAUCCACGUCGUCCAGGAAUUCAACAAGGGCGUUUACGACAUCAUCAUCGCGGCUGACGACCAGGAGGUUCUCGGCGCGAAGAAAUCCAAGAAGACGAAAGACACGACCGCCGACGCGGUCGAAGAAGACGAGGAAGGACUCGUCGGCUCCAGCGACGACGAAGAGGACGUCGAAGACACCACCACCACCACCAAAAAAACCAAGAAACCCACCACCCCCGAAACCAACAGCAAACGCCGCAAACUUUCCACCAAGGACAAGGACUACGGCAUCUCGCGCGGCAUCGACUUCCAGAACGUGGCGUGCGUCCUCAACUUCGACCUCCCCACGACCGCCAAGUCUUACACGCACCGCAUCGGCCGCACCGGCCGCGCCGGCAAGACAGGGAUGGCGCUCUCCUUCGUCGUGCCCGCCGACCAGUACGGCCGCCACAAGCCGACCUCCUUCCCGACGGCCAAGCACGACGAGACGGUCGUCGCGCGCAUCGUCAAGCGCCAGGCCAAGCUCGGCCACGAGGUCAAACCCUACCACUUCGAGAUGGCCCAGGUCGACGCCUUCCGGUACCGCAUGACCGACGCCCUGCGCGCCAUCACCCGCCUCGCUGUCCAGGAGGCCCGCGCCCGCGAGAUCCGCCAGGAGCUGAUCAAGUCCGACAAGCUCAAGCGCCACUUCGAGGAGAACCCGGACGAGCUGCGCCAGCUCCGCCACGACGGCGAGCUCCGCGCCGCCCGCAUCCAGCCCCAUCUGAAGCAUAUCCCCGAGUAUCUGAUGCCCGCCAAGGGACGGAAGGGCAUCUCGUCCGAGACGGUCGGGUAUGUGGGCUUCCGGAAGGUCGGCGGCGAGAACCGCAUCCGCAAGGCCCGCGAGAAGAAUCGCGGCAAGGGGAAGGGCGGCAGGAAGCCUGGUGGUGGUGGGCGGAAGGUCGAUCCGUUAAAGACGUUUAAUCGCGGGAGGAAGUAAUUUUAUUUUUUACUGGAGGGUGGUUGGCAUUUAUGUUUGGAUGGAGAGGGUCGGCACUGUACUGUACAUAACUUGGGAUUUGGUUCAUAGAAAG